AUGGCUACUCCUUCUCCUAUUCGUAAGCAUUCACAAAAGCAGGAAGAACGCCACGCCUUUUGGCGUUCACUUCUGCUAAAGUGUCCUGUGUUUGUUCCUGUUCAAGGGUCGACACACAAACUGCAAAAGAUCACCGCUUACAGUAUCUCCAAGCAUGUGAAUCGUACACGAGCAAACAGUCAAUUAAACCCAGUUAGAACCCCUCCCCUUUCCAGGUCAUUAACCAAAGCUGUCCCUGGAUCACUUCAAAAUACCCGAACGCCGCGUGGCUCUGCUGUCAGCUCAACCAUCCGGAACACACCUCCCAUAAGAAAACCCGGCCUCACCACGUCUGUUCUUUCUAAUGACUCACUACUCUCACCAUCCGGCACUACAUCAUUUGCAGUCUUCAAGCACCUCCCUAAGGGCUCUAUAAAUGGAAGUCUCUCUACGAGAAAGUCAACUGCAGAGCUGACUCUCUCAGAAUGGACCCAUCUCGAAGAAAUGCAGACAGACUUAGGGCUUUGCGAGGCGGAAAUUGCGUAUUCAAAAGUUACGAUCAAAAACAACCCGGCAUUGGGUAAAGCAUACUUCCGUAGAACAAAAAACCUUACUGAGUACAAUUCUGCGUAUCGAAUAGCAUAUAAGGAGCGUGCAAUCGUCUUAGCUCGUGUCCAGAAAAAUAUAAAAGAGCUUCGUGGUUCACGCAUCGCUCUGCUACGUUCUCUUGAGCGGCUUCGCGCUCUGACUAUCUACAUGUGCUCAUUGAUUAAUGCUGCUCGCUUGAUCUGUGGGAAACCAGUAGUUCUGCCAGGGCUCAAUUUAUACAGUGAGCAAAACUGGCUCUAUGACCUACGGCGUGAGCUCUUUAUGAGCAGGAAAACCACCGCGAUACUGCUUACGGUGUUCAAGCUCUUUGGUAGAAAAACAUAUGAGGAUGUGCGCUCUGUUGUUGAUGCGUAUUUUACAUCGUGUAUUACCGAUUUUCCCCCUACUCUGUCACUGUCCGAGCAAGAGCUAAGCCGAACGCUUGGCAUGCCACCUAAUGAAGAUGCUUCACUUAAGAGCACUAUGUCAGCUUCUAGCGCCCCUGCGAUCAACGGUAAGACAGCUAGUGAUGAUGGAUCGUCGCAACCUACUCUUGAGGCAGCGUACAUUCCCGACGAUAGCAUGAAUAACAUGGGCUAUUUCUCCAGAAUGGACGGGCUAUCUAUGACCGAUACCAUCUAUGAUGAAGAUGCAGAUCUUGACAGAGUUACUGCGGGAGACGUGGCUCUCUACCUUUUGUUGGGUGUUAGCGCAGAAGAAAUCUUCGACGGAGAUGAUUUGGCAGUGGCAUGGAAUACUCAUAUAGAUAAAAUCAUAAAUACAUAUCAACGCCUAUCAAAUGUGGAAUUAGAGGAGGUCCCGUCAUUACAGGACCUGCCAAUUGUAGACAUUCCCUUGUUGACAGGGCUCCAAAUUGUGGAGAUGGCUCGAACAGAAACUUUUAUUGUGUCUGAUUACAUAAACCUCCUCAAGGACUUCGAUAACGUUGGCUUGGACGUUGUCAGAAUACCAGUUGAUCCAUCCGACCCCUUUGAGACGUAUAGAGUUAACUUUGAUCUAUCUCUACUACGCGACAGUGCAGAUCUAGCAGCAUUUGAGUUAGAUGGAAAAUGUAUUGGGUGCUCUUCUCUGUCCUCGAAAACUGCUCCUAGUUGCCCCGAUGAAACAGCACAUAGACCCAAUAAUUCUUCUCGCUCAUCUGUAUUUUCAUUAACCAAGAGCAUCUCAGUGGAGGAGAAUUGA